GCGGUCCCAUCCAUCACCAGCGGGGGGGAAGGCCUCCGGUCCGUGCUCGGAACCAGCGACGCGUGUUGUCCGGGAGAGGAGGGGCCAAGUGGUUGCACACAGUCAUAAUGCUGAAUGAAAAACAAAUGCAAGAGCUGCUGGGAUUUCUGACGCUUGACACCCGGCCGGACGUUAAAGGACAGGCCACCCAGUAUGUGCUGGGAUUGACUGGGACCAAGGAUGGUCGCAGUUUGCUGGGACAGAGUGUGGACAUUCUCCGGGCUUUGCUGAUGCUCACCAAGGACACCUCUCGGGCUGUGGCAAAAGACUGCUACUUUGCCCUGGUCAAUCUGUCUGCUGACGAGACGAUACACCAAGCCCUAGUCCAGGAUGUCCGCCUUGUUCCCACGCUCCUGCCCAACCUCUUGGACCCUGGGUAUGACUUCUCUGACCAGAUCUGCUCCAUCUUGUCCAACCUGUCCCGGGAGGAGCACACAUGUGCUGACGUGUUCCGUGCUAUUCAGAAUGAGGGCCCCGGCUUGGCGAAAAUUGUGGACAUCUUCUGCACAGACAGUUACAAUGGAAAUGUGGAACUCCACUACCUGGGGCCAUUGCUGUCCAACUUAACUCAGUUGCCAGAAGCCAGGCAGUUCAUACUGGAUAAAGACAGGUGUGUCGUUCAGCGACUUCUCCCUUACACCCAGUACGAGGCCUCGAGUGUUCGCCGAGGAGGGGUCGUGGGCACUCUCCGCAAUUGCUGCUUUGAUCACACACAUCAUCCAUGGCUGCUUGGCAGUGAUAUUGACAUCCUCCCUUACCUGCUGCUGCCAUUAGCUGGCCCUGAGGAACUGAGCGAGGAUGAAAUGGAAGGCCUGCCUGUGGACCUCCAGUAUCUUCCUGAAGACAAGCAACGUGAGAGGGACCCAGACAUCCGCAAAAUGCUGCUGGAGGCCAUCAACCUGCUGAUGGCGACGAGAAGUGGGCGUAAGGUGGUGAAGGAAAAGAAUACCUACGUUAUUCUGCGAGAGUACCACAAGUGGGAAACUGAGCCCGAUGUUGCUUUGGCGUGUGAGAAGCUGAUUGAGGUGCUGAUCUCAGAUGAACCAGAGCCUGGAAUGGAGAAUCUGCUGGAGGUGGAGAUUCCUGAAGAGAUUGAAGGGAAGCUGAAGCUGCAGGAUGACGAAGAGCAACAGCGGAUUGCAAAGGAAAAGGAAGAGUUGCUGAAGAGCAGUGUGGGCGGGAGACAAUGUGGGCAGAGACUAUGAGGUGAAAGCCCAGAAGGACUGGAAAGAUGAUGUGACGUGAUGUCCUGGACUGUGUGUGUAGUGUUGGAGGAGCCACAUGUGUGGAACUCUGUGAUUCUGUCUUUGUGAUGGCUCCAUCAGCAAUGACUGAUAUUUGUAAGUGGUGUGGCCAAGAGACUUGGUCACAUUUGGUAGAGCCAGCAACCGCGGCAGCCCUCCCCUGAUCUACCCACCAUCUAGCCCCUACGUAAAUUAGCAAAGAGCCACAGCCCAGCCCUCUCCCAUGGAGCGUUCCCCAUCUGAUCUCCUCCUCCUCCUCCCCCCCGCCCCCGUCAAAAGCAUGUCUGGUCCCUCAUUCAGGGGGACCACACUUGUGUGGCUGUGAGAGUGGUGAUUUGGGAAGGGAAGGAAGAAAAUUUACUCCACUGAAAGGAAUCAGAAGGAUCUGGAGACUUUUUCCUGAACUUAUUCUGAGAAUAAUCCUUCUGGUUGUGUCCUGAUGACCAAGGCCCCCCUCGCAUGGAGUGCUGAAAUCCUCACGUCUGUCUGCAGCCACACACAUCCUCCCUGCUGAGAGUCCCUGGAAUACCUCUUUGGGAUCCUGAGAAUCAUCCAGAGUGUUGCCCAACUACAAAACUGUCCAUCUCCAGCCUUGCAGUCAUCUCAACCCUCUUCUGCUCCCCCUCCCCCUCGCAGAGCGUCCUGAAAGAUCCUGUGACACUAAUUGUAAAGAGCAGGGGUGUCUUCAUCCAUGUCCUGGCCAAAAGGUGUCCCAUCAACCCUUGUCACAGAAAACAUGAUCUGGUCAUUGAUCUUGCUAUGCAAGAAUUGUUCACCUCAUAAUGCUGUCAAAUCAAAACAGUCCAAUUGGCAAUGUGAGCUUAUUCCUCUUCUACCUAAUAGCCAGUCCCCCACUGUGCUUCCACUGAGUUUAAACUCCGCUCCCCUCAAACCUGCUUAAGCCUCCCCACCUGUUGCAGAUUUCGCUGGAAAACACUGAACACUGUACAUAACUGUCAAUAAAAAAAAAAUCCUUUGGCCUUCACAGCAGUCCAUGGUUAUCUGUCAGUCAUCACCAAAGCUUUCAGUCAGACCUUCCUUUACUGCGGGACGCUGUGAGUAAGGUAUAGGUGUAUAAAAAGUAUUAGAAUAUGUUACAUCGCAGCCAUCCCUGCAUCUACCCUCAUAGGGAAACUCUUCCAUUCAACAUAGAAUUCCCACUGUGUGGAAGCAGGCCAUUUGGCCCUUCGUGUCCAUACCAAGCCUCUAAAAAGCAUCUCACCCAGACCCAUACCCCUAGCCUAUCCCUGUAACCCUGCAUUUCCCUUGACUAAUCCCACCUUCCAUGAACACCAUGGGCAACUUAGCAUAGCCAGUCAACCUGGACCAUGGGAGGAAGCCUUGGUACCCAGAGGAAACCACACAAACCCAGGGAGAGUGUGCAAGCUCCCAACAGUCGCCUGAGACUGGAAUCGAACCUGGGUUCCUGCUGCUGUGAGGCAGCAUUGCGAACUACUGAGUCAUCUGCAACUAAUCUGUCUCAACUCCACUUUGCCAGGUAUUUGAUUAUCUUGUUAUCCAGAAUUCAGCCUGUCCCAUGGCGUCUGGGCAAUAUCCAGGCUUCAGCUGACAAGUGGCAAGUAGUAUUUGCACCAUGCACAUACCAGGCUAUGACCAUCACAAACAAGAGACAAUCUAACCACCAACCCUUGAUAUUCAACCAUAUUACCAUCAUUGAAUCCCCUACUGUCAAUAUCCUGAGGGGGUUAUCAUUGAGCAGAAACUCAACUGGACUCAUCACAUAAACACAGCGGCUAC